UGCGAGCCUUUAGUUGCCGCCAUUACGCACGUUUUCCGGCAAGUUGACGGCAACGAAAUGGCUCACUUUGAACCACCACAGAUUCAGGACAAUCCGACGGGAUGGGGUCCUUGUCAGGUUCCCGACCAGUUUAAAGAUAUGCCCUAUCAGCCGUUUUCAAAGGAUGUUCGACUGGGAAAGGUAUCUGACUGGACUGGAGCAACUUAUCAAGACAAAAGAUAUCUGGGCAAGUACAAUUCAGCAUUUGGUGGAGGGAGCCAGUAUGCCUAUUACCAUGAUGAAGAUGAGUCCAGCUACCAGCUGGUUGAUACUGCACGUGUGCAGCGACCUAUGUACCAGAGAGGACGACGAUUGUUCCAACAGAACAAACAGAGGCGGGAGCGAGAACGUCGCCAACAGCAGAACCAGGCCAAUCUCCAAGUGCUGUCCAAGACCCAGAAGAAUAGAGAGCGUGAUCGCCAGAGGCUGCUGAAGAAGUGGCAGAAACAGUUCGGUAAACAGAUGCAGGAGAACAGACAAAAGACACCCCUGAAGCAUCGUGACGCAUCAGUUCAGGUGCGAGAUGAUUGGACAGUUGUGGAGGAGAUGGACUUUCCACGAUUGACUAAACUCAAUCUGCCUCAAAUAGAUGACAAGAAUGACUUAGUGAAGUGUGGAGGCAUGGAGUACUAUGACAAGACCUAUGACCGAGUUACCACAAAGAAUGAGAAGAGGCUGAAGAGGAUCAAUCGUAUUUUCCACAAAGUGACAACCACUGACGAUCCCAUCAUCCGACAGCUGGCUAAGACACAAGGCAAUGUUUUUGCUACUGAUGCGAUUCUGGCCACCCUCAUGUGCUGCACCCGGUCGGUGUAUUCCUGGGAUAUCAUUGUGCAGCGAGUGGGAAACAAGUUGUUCUUUGACAAGCGUGAUGACUCUGAGUUCGACUUGCUGACUGUCAGUGAAACUGCGACGGAACCUCAGGAUGAAGGGAACAGCAUCAACUCUCCACGCAACCUGGCGCUCGAAGCUACAUUCAUCAACCACAACUUCUCUCAACAAGUUUUAAAAAUGGGAGAAGAAAAAUACAACUUUGACAAGAAGAAUCCCUUUAUACAAGGUGAAGACGAUAGUGAAGUGGCGUCAGUUGGGUACAGGUAUAGGAAAUGGGAUUUAGGCAAUGACAUUACGUUGAUAGCACGGUGUGAGCAUGAUGCUAUCAUGUAUGGCCCUAACGGAGAGCUGCAGUACAUCAAUGUGAAGUCACUGAACGAGUGGGAUGCCAGAUACUCUGGUGGAGUGGAUUGGCGGAGCAGGUUGGACAACCAGCGGGGUGCUGUGUUGGCCACAGAGCUCAAAAACAACAGCUGUAAGCUGGCCAAGUGGACAGUCUCGGCCCUCCUGGCAGGGUCAGACCAGCUAAAGUUUGGUUAUGUAUCGAGACUGCAACUGAAGGAUUCAGCGAAGCAUGUUCUUCUGGGAACCCAGCAAUUCAAGCCAAUUGAGUUUGCUAGCCAGAUCAACCUGAAUAUGGAUAACGCUUGGGGUAUCCUCCGCUGUAUCAUCGACACCUGUAUGAAGCUGAAGGAAGGCAAAUACCUCAUCAUGAAGGACCCCAACAAGCCUGUGAUUCGAAUCUAUGAUAUACCAGACAACACAUUUGAAUCUGAUGAAGAUGAUGAUGAAGAUUCAUCUGAUGAUGAAGAAGAGAGUGAAUCUGAUGAAAAUGUAGACAAGUAAGAUGGCAUGCUGAUCUACAAUGCCGUCCACCCUGGGACUGUCGUUUGCCUUGCUUGGUCUUGUUUGGGAUAUUUAAGUAUGCAAGGAGAAAGGACUUGCCAUCUUUACAGUUUGAAGACAGCUUAAAGACAUUUAUUGUACAUUGGAUUGUCUGAGGAUGAAUGCUGAACAAGUGAUUGUAAACCAUUAUAAUAAGUGUCAGUGCUGCGCUUGUUUAGGAGUCAUGAUAAUAGUAAGACCAUUUAAAAAACUCCAAUGGAAUAGUGAAAAGAAACUUUGUCACAUAAUUGUUAAAAAGAAAAGUUGUUGUGAUCAUGUUAUUGUAUAUUUCUACUUGUCAACUCAGUCCACCUUACUUCCAUGUGAUGUGGGCUGUUAUGUGUCUUGGGAAGGUAAUUGUAACAGAUGUAAUAUCUACUACAAAGUAAUAGUAACAGGUUUAAUACUUUGAAAGGUAAACCUGACUGUAUGCUAUGUCAAACUGGAAAUCAAAUCCAAACUACUAUGAUUUUCUUCAUCAGUUAGUUCAGAAUACUGAUCUUCUUUUCCUUUGUUAGGGUGGGAAUAUAUAAAGAAAAUGAACACAAAGAAUAUUUCUUAAUGAAAUAAACUAUUUGAAACAUU